CAGCUAACUUUGUGGCACUGCAGCUGAUGUACUUUCUGUUUGCCAUUGCUGGUCUAGCAAGACGUCGUUAAAGGGGCUCACCCAGCAUAGACCAAUGAUUUCCUCCGCUGUAAUUCUGAAAGGGACCCGUGCAGUGCAGUUCAUAAGACCGCUACACACCACGCUUUUCGCAACAAUGCCGAUUAAGGUUGGAGAAGCCCUCCCAGCAGUGGAGGUUCAGGAGGGGGAACCUGGAAACAAGGUGUCUAUGGACCAACUGUUCAAGGGGAAGAAAGGAGUUCUCUUCGCUGUGCCAGGUGCCUUCACCCCAGGAUGCUCCAAGACUCAUCUUCCAGGGUUUGUGGAGCAGGCUGCGGUGCUGCGCAGUAAGGGGGUCCAGGAAGUGGCCUGCAUCUCUGUCAACGACGCGUUCGUCAUGGCUGCCUGGGGGAAGGAACAUGGGACCGACGGCAAGGUCCGCAUGCUGGCGGACCCUACCGGGGCGUUCACCCAGGCAGUGGACCUCAUGCUGGACAGCGAUCAGAUCGUGCAGGCACUUGGCAACAAGCGCUCAAAGAGGUAUGCCAUGCUGGUGGAAGAUGGUGUUGUGAAGAAGGUGAAUGUGGAACCUGAUGGCACUGGGCUGACCUGCAGCCUGGCCUCCAACAUGCUCUCUGAGCUGGUCUAGAGGUGCACCCUGCUUCAACUCACCUUCUCGACCUGUCCUGAAGCAAUGCUAAGAAAAAAUAUUACAACCACGCACUGUAUGAUUAAUAAGCUGCGGUACAGAACCUUCAUGAACUUAGGGGGCAACUGUAGUAAGACAUUUAACGUUCAAAACGCUAACUACUGAUACUAGCUUUACAGAUUAUUUUCCUCCUCUCUGGAAAUUGGAAGUGUUUUUGUGAUGCUAUUAUAGAUCACCUUGACAGUGUUUAGGGUGGUGGUUGAAAAAUCUCAAGUUCUGCAGCAAGAUCAGUGGCAGAAAUGUAUACGCACAAUUGUGACUUGAUUGGCACUUGGCAAGUUAUUGCACCUUCCUUGCUGUGUACUUAAUUCUUACUGUUCCUAAUAAAAUCUUCUAUGAGCAAUACUCCUC